AUGGAAGGCCGCUUGGCCAAUCUUGCUGGUGAGGUCUCAGCCCUGCGAAGCCAGCUUGAAGAUCUGCGGAAGCUCCACGGGGAGCUGGCAGCAGAGGGCGACUUGUUGCACGCUCGCCUUCAGAGUCUUCCGGAGAACACUAAGCAUAACAGGUCUUCGGAUGAACACGCUCUGGGCUCUGGCUCGACCCGUGGCAGCGACCCUGGUAGCACUUUCCAUUUUUCUAUGUUCACAACGGCAGAGCCGUCUUCUCCCGGCGGCCAUGCCUCGGUCGAUCGCCGGUAUCCACAGUCCAAGUCCCGCGCCGUGGCGCCCGACUCCCGCAGCGCAGACGAUCACGCUGAGCAUCUAGCUCAGGGACCCCCUUUGGCUCUGGAUCCUUGGGACGAAAUUAUGAUGUCCAACUACAACGAUGACGGUCCGGAGCCCGACGGGCCUUCGCACUUAGCCGCGGGAAGCACCACCGGCAGCCCCGCGACGGGCCUGAACGCAACCCUAAACACGUCUACCCCUCGGCUGCCGGGUUCCGGAGUCGCCAGUGUUGGUAAUCUCUCCUCCACUCCUGGAGUAGGUGGUGGUGGCGGCGGGGCCCCCGCCCUGGCAGCACCUUUGGCCGUAGGGGCCGCAGGGCAGCUUGAUUGCUCUUCGCCUGCUGCGGCUGCUGCUGCGGCAGGGGCAUCGACAAGGCCCUCUGAGCCAAGCGGCGGCAGUGGCGAAGAGCCGGGAUUUUCUGUCGUACCUGCAGCAAUGGAUCCUCUUUGCUGGCAGCAGCAGCAACAACAACAGCAUCUGUCAGGGUUUGUGCCGCCGUGCAACGUGGAGGGUAGCUUUCCGAACCCGCUGGAGCACCCGCUCCAGCUUCAGCCACCUCCCCACCUGCAGCCGCCAAUACAGGAGCAACCGCAGCUCCACGCCGGGCAGCAGCAGCACCCGUACACUGCAGGAGCUUUGAGGCAGCCAGCGGUAACCUGCUCAUUGUCGCUCCUCGGGGAUUUACCUCCUACCUCUCCGCAGCCCGUCCAGUCGCGACAGCUUCCAUGGCAGCAGCAGCCGCACCUGCCGCUGCCAGCCAGCAGCCAUCAGGAGCUCGAGGACACGGCGGCCCGUCAGAGCACGGGGGACCAAGGUGCACGCUGGUCGGCAGCCCCUCCGCACUUGGACGGGGCCGCCAACGCACACUUGCGGGGAUCGGGCGGCGGGGAAACCGCCCCGGGAGGUGCAGCCGCUGUCGGCGGCAGCGUAUGUAACGGUGCUGCUGCUUCACCAUACGCCUCGGCAGCGGUGGAGGCGGCAGUGGUGGUGGUGGGGGAUGGAGCGGCUGGCCCCGCGGAUGACAUGGGUGCGUGGCUUGCAUCUGGCCGAGCGGCGACGGCCGCCGGGCCGCUGAGCGGCUCUCCCUCUCCUGCGUUGACGCUCACCGGCGGCAUCGGCCCCCCGGCCGCCGCCGCCGCCGCCGCCGCUCCUUCCGGGGCAAUGUACCCAAACCCGUUCCUUCGCAGCGACUCCCGGGGCCUUUCGCUUGCGAGCAGGUUGAGCGGUGGUGUCAUACGCGGCGGAGUGACUCGAAACGGCAAGUGCUACGCCGGCGGCGGCGGCCCCGCGGCGGCUGCGGCGGCCUUGCUGCAUGGCGCUGGGAUGUCACCCGUCUGCGGUCUGGGGCCGCUAGGGGCCACGGGUUUGGGGGUAGGUGCCGCAGUGGGGGGAGAGGCAAUGGCUGCGCACGGGGAGUGGGGAGAGAUGGCGGGUAAUGGCGGGAAGGCCUACCAACAGCAGCAGCUCGGCCGCGACAGCAAUGUCAAUAGCAGUGGCAGCCCACUGAAUCAGCCCACGCAAUCAUCGGGCUCUGCCGGUGUCCCCGGGCCAUCAUCUCUCCCUGGAGUCCCAGGUUCGUACGGCCAUUCCCAUCCGUACAAUAUGCCGUACGGUCCGCAGCCUCCGCCAGUGUUUGCGGCGCCGUACAGCAGCCCUAACCCAUUGCCCAUUAGGUGCGGCAGCGGAUCCGCGUUGGACCGGUCUGUCGAGUGGCGGCGGGCGCCGGGUGUACGGCACCCGGCCAUGUCGCCGCUGGCUCCGCCGACGGGGGAUGCCGUUGCCGGGGCCAUCUCGCCGCCGCCGCCGGGCCUCGGGUCGGAGCCGGACGCGCCACAUCUACAAUGA